AUGGUUAUGGGAAUUUCUAAUGUAUUGCUGUGCAAUGUUACCAGUCGGAUAUCAUUUUGGUUUGUAGUUAUAAAUUCAUUCACAAAUAUAACAACUAUUCCCAGGAAGCCACAUAUAUCAGCAGUUAGAAUGAAUAGAAACCAGAUCAACAAUGCCUUUUUAUUAACUGACAAGACUCUGCAGUUCUUGGAAGUCUCAUCAACUUUAGCUCCACCAGCUGAAUAACCUCUGCCCACUUGGCUAUUUGUAUUUGAGGUUAUUCUUGGCAUCAUUGUGAUUGGAAUUAUUUUAGUCGUAUCUUCUGGGAUUUAUCACUGCAAGAGACAUAAGAAUGCUGAAGAAACAGACAAUUUAGAUGAUAAAUAUGAAGCAGCCAUAACAAUGGAAAACAGAAUUCCCUGUCAUACUUUAGAUUUAAAAGCUGGACAAAUUAAUGGUUUCUAUGCAGCAGCAGAUGACGAUUGGUUUACGCCCAUAUGAACAUAAAUGGAUGCUGUUUCUCAGUCUCUUUUUGAAACUCUGCCCUCCUUUUAUCUGGUUCUUACUGCUGAUUAUAAACAAGAAAAUUAUGUACUUUGCCUCAUUUUUGCCCUUGGAAGCAUUUCUUUUGAUAAGCAUAAUCAUAUGGGAUACACCGGAAUUUAUCAUUCAAGGCAGUGUUCUUUAUGAAAACAUAUAAAUGUUUAAUAAAACUUCCACUGUUAAACGUUCUUUGGAUGAAUCAGUGAUGCAAGGGUACCAAUAAAUCCUUAUCAUGAUUUAUUCAUAUCUUCACCUUUUCUAUUAUUUCAUGGCAGGAAAAAUGUGAGCUGCUUUAGUCUAACAUACAAGCCAACUACUGCUAC